AUGGAUCGGCCAUGGGUAAUAUUAUUCACAUUUCUCACAGUUGCAAAUUCGUUAGAUUGUAAGUUGAAAUUCAUACUGUUUGACUUAGAUUUGAAAUUGUUUUAGUGGCUAGGAAAUCAUGCCCUGAACAUUUCUUACACGGUAAAACAGAGAGCGGUGUCUAUGCUUUGGGAGACGGAUACCAUACAAGUUUCAAAGUGCUUUGCAAAAUGCCCUCUAAUGCAGAAGGAGACUCGGAAGUGACGACUGUAAUCAGAACAGCGUUGGAGAGAUGGGUUUCUGUUGGAUUCGAGCCUCAAACUGUCGGAUUUCAGUAUGUAAAAUUUUUUACUUUGUGUAAAGUUAUUCAUUUCUUUAUUCCUAAUUUUUCCCUUUCAGAAUCUCGGAUCGAUCUUUUCUUAAGCACUUAAUAGAACCUUCUGAUAAAUGCGAGCAAAAACUUUGGAUAAGAUGGCCGGCAUUCAAUGGAAAUCUGUCCGAAACGUAAGUUGUAAUGUCUCAGUCUUUUGUUCUUUCUUGUUUCUGAAUCAGCGAUCGAUUACUCAUCCGAUUUAAACAGUUUUUGAUGCGGCCACUGUUUUUGUAAACAUUGAGAGUACUGUAAAAAGUUUCUUUUACUUCAGAUAUUCCUUUACGUUGCGGUCUAUUCAAGGAAUCGACAAAACCAUACAGUGGAAUGGAACAAAAGAUGGUAAGGAGAAGAUAGACUUUACUGCUAUUACGGACUUUUACAGCUUAUGAGCAGCAUCUUACCUUGUCCAACACACAUGCCGGAGUUCUGCAUAUCAUUCCUGACGGUCUGCCGAACAACUUUACCGCUGCUAUCCAGAUUAAAACUUCAUCUUUGGAGUUUCGAGAAGUCCUUUGGCCAAGAGAACACAAGUGCAAAUUCGACCUGAAUUCCCUUUCUGAUCGUGUCCGUCUCCUUGUAACUGGCUCCAGAAAAUUGAGUUUCUCCUUCAGAACAGAUCGGCCAAACGAAAGACUUCUUUCUUUCGAGUCCGCCGAUGGAAAUUUGGAAGUUCAAUUGGUUGAUGGUAAAUAUUUCUUUUUUAAAUACAGGUUCACAAUUUACAGGUUAUUUGAUCAGAGUUGGACAAGACGUUUACCCAAUUAGUCUUCUUGCCGACACAAACUGGCACACAUUCACCUGGGAUCCUAGGGCGUUGGCUUUUCACAUUGAUUAUAACGACCCUAUCAAUGUUGGCCUCACUGUUAAUGCUAUCCAGCUGACUUUGAACGGCCAGGUGGGGGCCUUCCGAAGAGAUUCGUCCGAAUGGAUGUGCCAUGGAGCCCCCGAACUUGAACUCAAACUUGUUCAAUCUUCAACUCGAACCCUUUGUUCAGAGAAUCAACCCGGAUUCUGUUAUUGUAAAGGUCCUCAGUCAGCUUUAAUCAAUUUGAAGAACCGGAGGGUGGAUUGCCCAGCAAAAACGGAAGUCGAGAAGGCAUUCACACUGUACCGGGACUCUCGAAAGUUGUCAUUGUUUUAUCUUCCCAGCUACACAACAGUUCAACCAAUUUCAGUUUUGAUCAAAACGGAUUCUGUAAGUUUGAGCGGUUUUUGGCGCGAAAUUCCGUGAAAACAAAAGAAUUAGGUCUUGGCCGGGGUCGAACCGGCGACCUUCUGCGUGUGAAGCAGACGUGAUAACCACUACACCACAAGACCACGGACUCUCUCGCCUUUCUAUCGGACCGAAUGCCUUUUCUCUUUUCGUUUUCUCUCGAGGAGGAGUUCGUUUUCAGAAUGUGGGACUUAUCUUUUUUGGUCAACAUAAUCGAACCGGAUAUGGAUUGGAACGGUUUCAAGUGCAAUUUGAAGGGGAAAGGAUGACUGCCGGUGCCUGUUCAAAACUCCGGAGACCCGAUCAGAUCUGUCUUUCUUGUGCUAUCAAAAGGAAAGGCGGCUUUGCUACUAACACAUGGAUGAGAGUUUCGCUGUUUUAUCAUCAGUCUAAUGUGUACCUAACCGUCGAUGAACAGAUUUGCCAGUUGACAGAGGAUGAGAGGAAAAUGGAUGUUGCUGAUUUGUACUCAAUGUCCAGCGCCGUGAACUCAGUUUUGUUCUUAGGAGGUGGAACUGCUUAUGCCAAGCGGUUGUAUUUGAAUGAAGAAUUGAUUAACGUUUCAUUUCGUAGUAAAUUCUUUGAGAACACAAGGGAAAAGGCACCACCGCUAAGAGUAAGUUAACGUAAAGGUAGUGCUUGUAUGUAUGUGUAUUUCUAGGGUUGUGUUGCCGAUCUCAGGGUGGGAGGAAGUUCGAUGGACUUGCAUGACAUCUAUACUUCUCAGCAAAUAACAAUUGUUAACGAUACAAAGAAGCAGCGAGACAUCUUCUCUAUUACAGUGAGUUACUUCGUUGAACACUCUUCUUCUACCUUUACUCUCUGAUUCCUUUCAUACCACACAUUUUAGCCAAAGUGUAUCGAAUGCGAGGGUUUAAAGUCGAAUUGUCAUGGAGCCAGAUGCAGAAUUCCUCAACCGAUUAUACUGAACUCAUUCAGGAAGAAUGCCGAUCCCGUUUGUGACUGCGCCCAGGUUUUUGCUGACAAGAAUACGCUGAAUGGUGAAUGUAAAGUAGAAUCUAAACAACAGACAACAACCAAGAAAACAUCCUUGGCUUUGUCGCGUUCUGAAGGCCCUGUUCAUCUGGAAAUACGCCCAGGGUUUUUGAAAUACGCAAAGUUACAAAAGCUAUGGGCUCUUCUCAGAUUCCCUCAAGGAUCAGCUGGACUUGUUUCAAUCUUGGAUUAUGGUAGAGUUAGAGUUCUUGUGGACAAUUAUGGGCAGACAGUAUAUAUUGAAGAUGAGAGCGGAAACAAAGAAGGUAGGUGACUUUGGUAUAAAUUUACGUUUUCAGAAUUCACCGUUGAUCCCAAUGAUGAACGUCUCCAUCUGGUAGCUAUCGAAAGGAAUCCUUCGGUGGGAACGAAUUCAGCCGACAGGUCCUUAAGUUUCCGGGUCGACAACGACGUUCGAACCAUCCAACUUGACAUCUUUCCAAUUGAAGAGAGUUCCACGGCCGAACUUCAUAUUCAGAAGUUGGAAAAAGGCUUCGGUGGCUGUAUUAGUGGUAAGUAACUAAAACAAAAAUUGUAUAUUCUAUUCUUAUAGAACUUUCAUUAGCCUUUGAUUAUGAUGAUUUUACUACCGGAUUACCUAUAAAGGAUAACAAAAUGGAACAAUUUGAGGUGUUGAAGGAAUUAAUUGAGCGCCCUGAACGUCCGACGAGUGUCGACGGACUCCUCAGAUAUUAUGAUGAGUGUGGAAUCAGAGACCCCACUUUAUGGGAGUCAAAUUCCGAACCUUUCGGCCAAGUCGGAGCUUAUGACCCAGAUCACGAAUUUGAUUUUGCUUGGGGUAUGUAAAUAUAAUCGGUUAUAACCUAUAAUUUCCAGUAUUCCACACCCUAUUUGUGAUCCUCAAUAUUCUGGUGGUUGUCUUGGGAAUUCUACUAUGUGGUUGUUGUCUGUUCUGCUGGUAUAGGAACAGAAAACACGUCUACAAGACCUCUGAUCGUGGAUAUGUUUCUGCGGAAGAAUACAUAAAGUUGUUCAAGGAAAUUGGAGAAGAGGACACACGAUCAGAAGAAGACUCCAUUCCUCAUGGCAUUCCUCCAUUGGAUGAGAACCCAAUCACUGACCGCAAAAGUCCAUUAAGUAUGAAGAGAGUGACCUUCAAGAAUACACCCACCUCCAUCGAUGUAUAA